AUGGCCACCGACGACGAAAGACACGCAAGAUUCAACCACACCAUGGCGCGCCUACACGCUCGAGAGCAAGCGCUAGCCGCCAAACUCGAUCAACUCGACAGGGAGAUGCAGCAGUUCAGGAGGGAUCUGGUUGCUUUCCAUGCUCGUCGCGCUCAUGUGCAUGCUCUGAUCCAGCAGCACAUCGCGGAGGAGGAUGCAUUGAACACCGACAGCUGGACUCGGAUGGAUGUUGCUCCUGCUUCCGACGUUCAGGGUGUUGCUGCUGGGUUUUUCGACCAAGGUGCUGAGACUAUUGCGGCUGCUACCACUCCUUAUAGCCGAGAUAUCACUACUCUUGACCAGCAUGCCAAUCCCGUCGUCGAUGACAUGGACUCCCUUUUCAUCCCCGAGCAGGCUCGUAGCAACGAGGAGAACACCAGCCCUCUCACCUCUCGCUCCAAUCGCCGCAGCGACCAGCAACACAUCGACUCUCUCGCCUCUCGCCCCAAGCGCCGCCGCGUCACUUUUGCUGAUGACGCCGACGUGAUCAUCGACAGGAAUGCCCUCGCUGUUCAAAACUCCAACUCAGAGAGCAUGCCCCAGACCAGCGACAAUCAGUCUGUCACAGCUCCCAGAAGUCCUCAUGCAUCACAGGGAUUCUGGGGGUGA